AUGGAUUCUCAAGCUAUCAAGAAACAACUGAAGAUUAAGACGGGCGUCGUACAACGUCUCGUCAAGGAGAAUGGUCUAUACAAGAAAGAAGUGGAGCAGAAUGUGGCGAAGAGGGACAAAUUCAUUGCCGAUGGUGCUGAAGAAUGGGAUAUAAAGAACGCGGGCAAGUUGGUUGAAGAAUCCGAAAAGAUGGUCCAGGAUACUGCAACCCGGCUUGCAGCAGCCGUCGCCGACCUUCGCGUCAUCGUGGAUGGAGCGAAGACAAGGGAGGAUCUUGCGGAGGAUGCAGACUUUCUCAAGGCUCAAGAAGCUCUGGAAACGGCGAGCGCAUAA